AUGGCCACAGAAACAGCAAUCAAGAAGGGUCACCCAAUUUACUUUGGCGUCCUCAUUCUCUUCUCCAUCGUCCUCAUGUCCAUCUCCGCUUUCCUCGUUGAUCGUUACAACAGCGACGACAGCUUCCUAAGCGAGGGCGUUUCCAACACUGUCAGAUACAUCUUGUUCUGUUCACUAUGGACUAUAGUGACUGCCUCCGCUUAUCUCGUUGGAUUCCUCGCUGUUCCAAUGGGUUCUGGCGGUGUUCUAUUGAGCGUUGCGUCACACCUCAUUUGGGUCGUUCUCACCUUCUGUAUUUGGCUUGCAGGUGCUGCUGCGAUCACUGCUGAGCUUGGUGGCGGUGUCAGCUGCAAAUUCGCAGACUACACUUAUUGUCACCACCUCAACGCCAUUUUGGGUCUCACGUGGAUUGACACUGUACUCAUUUUCCUCGCUAUGAUUGUCAUCAUCGUCAUCUCAGUGAGAUCGCGCUCCUCAAGUGGUCCUAUCUCCGCAUAA